AUGACAGACGUCUCGAGCCAGCGCUCGAGCUGUUCCCUUCCAUCCACAUCCCGAAGUACCUACAUACGUUACGAUUUUCCUUUUUCUUGCUGGUCGCCUCUCUUUUUUUUUUUUUUGCAAAAUACCCUGUUCUGCGUCUGCCUACAGGAGGGUGAUCCCUUCCGUCCAGUCAGCUUACAUGCUUCUAAGCCUCUUGACGUCAAAACGCGCCGGGGAUCUUCUCCCCCCACGGCACAUCAUCAGUCCCCGUCGUUGCUCUCAAGUUACCCUGCCCAUCAUCAUACCUGCAGCACCGUGGUUCGUAUCGGAGCCUCAUCGGGUGCUAUUCCUCGUGCCCGCCAAGGCUCUAUGGCAGCCUAG